UUCACACGAUCAGUCUGAGAUAAGUAUCUGCUUUUCUUUCUUUUUGCUCACUGUUGUGUUCCUCCUCUUUGAAAUGCAGUCCCAGUUCUACACCACUCUGCUGCUGGCCUUUGCCAUCCAGCUGGACUAUUUCAUACUGCACGCCGAUGCUGAAGGUCAGCUACAGAAACCAGAGAUUCAUGGGCAUAUCAGUGCUGAGAAUGUAGACUUGGUCUGUCAGAUGGAACUCCUCCCAUCUGGCACUAAUAUCAGCUGUAACCUGUACAUUGGAGACUCAUCUGAGCCAUUCCUAAGCACAUGGACCAAAAGCCAACCUGUCUGUAACUUUGUUGUGAAACCGGAUGACCUGCAGCAGGGUCUGCAGUCCGUGGCAGAAGUGAGCUGCGAUUACUCUGUCCCCACAGAUCCCCGCUCUCCUUCCCCACGCAGUGACAAAAUAAAAAUAGAAGGACUCUCUCCAGGGACAUCAACCUUUUCUGAAGCAGAUAAGAAGACAACCUCACCACCUCAUGUGACGACGAAAAAAAAGAAAAAGAAGCCACCCACAUCACCUCCUGUGAUGACUAAAAAAACCUCGACUGCACAUUCUACAACCACCUUUAAUACCACAGCAAGUCUCCAAUCCACCUUAGCUGCAAGGUCUACCGUGACAGCUGCCUCCAGAACAUCUCACCAUUCCACCCGGUUGAAGACACCAGCGGGUAUUGGAGUAAUUCUCACAGUGAUUGUGAUCCUCCUGGGAAUGACAGGAGCCUGUCUGUACUGGAUACACAGAAAAAGGAAAUCUAGUGGGCUGCCCACAACUCCUAACGAUGACACUGUGUACACCACUGUUGAUGUGUCCAAGGGAGCAGGAUCCAGCGAUGCCAUGUCUCCUUUUGACGUGACUUACAGCACUGUCACCUACCAUGCUUCUCAAAUGGUGGCCUUUCAGGCCCAACAGGACAACAUUGUGUACAACAGUCUGAAUACGGACUGAGGAAUUCAUACACAAAACACAGGAGUCCUUUUAAUCUUUUUGAUGUACUCUGAUCAAGAGAGUAUCAAUAUGUUUAUGGGUGUGCACAAUUAGAAUAGAAAUAUUUCUUUUAACAUUCUUUGACAAUACCUUGUGAAUGUCAUUUGGAUUGUUAAUCUGUUUUGUUAGUAAUAUCUUUCUUUCUUGUGAUGUUGUUUUGAGAUUGUACCCCCAAAGGAGAGUUCAAACUCACAUGAGAAUAGAGAAUAACACAGAGAAUAACUCUUCAGACAGUUAUUUAGGGGACAUAACUGCUGCACUUGUAAAGAAUAUAUUCCGUAUUAUGAACAAUACAGAAAUGUGUUUACAAUGUUAUAGACUGAUAUUGCACAAAAGUACCCGGCUAACCCAAAAUAACUGCUGACGGCUAACUGGGGCCCAUCCCUGUAUUGAGAACCAAUGCUUGGGGUGCAAAAUCCCUGGUGGCGCCCCCUGUGCCUCUCAAGUACAUCAUUCAUCAGCCACUUUCAAAAUCAUAGUAGAACCCCCCAAAUGUUUUUUUUUACUUUUCAUUUUGUUGUAAAUGUAUAGUCUGUUGAGACUUUUGUGAAAUGCCCUUUAAAUAAAUGGUGACCAUUAAAACCCUUACAGAAAAAUCAUACGUUCAAAAACCACAUAUGAACACCCCACAUUUCAGCUAUAAAAAUAAUCCCACUUCAAUAAUGAGAGCAGGAAAAAAACCUAUCCUAUUUCAAGUCACGUUUUGUUUUCACACGUGAGAGUGGAAGUUCACAUUUUAAAGUCAGGGAUGUGAAAAUGUGAAGAUGCAAAUGUCUCGAUGCGACCUAUUUUCUCUUCACAUGUGGAAAAAAGCCAAUCACAGGUGAAAAUGUCCAGUUUACAGAAAUAAAAUGAUUAAACCACACAGAGAUGUGUUCAUGUUGUAAGUAUUCACAGACAAUAAAUUAUGCAGGACGCAGAGUUAAUAGUGCCUUAUUGUGCCAUUCAUUAUGAUGAAAUUUGUACAAGAUACUUGUGAAGACCGUCUGGGUGAAAAUUGAACUGGUUUAUUGGACUUUCAGGGACAGGUGCUGUGCUCCAAUGCAAUAAUUUGUAGUCGGCAGUUUUUCAGAGUGGCAUGACAUGAUUCAAUUUGCUAGUUCUGGCACUCCAUGAUAAUGAAUCACAGUAAAAUGUAUUAUUUAAUUUCUUAUUAAAAUACAAAAUAUACAAAAUUGUGAAAAUCCAUUUUUGGCCUGUUCUCCAGCCUGAGUAUUUUUCUUUGUCUGGUCAUGCCUGAUUGUUGCUGUAUUAGUUUCACCUGUUCCCCUGUGUAUUUAAGCUCUUUGUUCCCUCCUUGUCGUCGUUUGGUAGUUGUAUGGUUGCUAGCUACUAGCUAUUCCAUGUCUAGUCUUUUAUCUAGUUUGACUGCCUUGCGUUCUCCUGGGUCUUUUGUUUUGUUUGUUUUGUGUUCCAUGUUCCAAGUAAUAGCCUUUUUAUUGGCAUUUA